UUUGCAUUUUAGGGUAAGUCUUAAUAAAUCUUAUUCGAACUCUGUAAAUACGGACCUAGAACCGCGAGCUAAUGAAUAUGAGCAUAAUUCCACAAGGCCAUUUCGUUACUGCCCUGACUUUCUCUCAGGCCAUACGUGAUUUUCUUUAUUCAAAGGCGACCCCAUCUGAGAAGAACAAGUUGACGGCAAAGAGAGGCGCGGCUUACCACGCAGGAAAGUAUACAGUUUUAUUGGCGGAUAGCAAAACGGGAUCGGCCACCCGUCCACCGAGACCUUUUUAUCAUUGUCGUUUUCUCGACUUGCAGCAGCGAGGAAACGCGGUCCAUGGGGAUCAUCAAAUGGUUCAGUCUCUUAAGAUUUAGCUGGCUACGUAGAUGUCGUACAUGCGGCGUACGCGGCUCCAAAUGCCUCUGUCGUCACCCAUCGCUCGCGCUCGAGCAUAUAUUCUUUCUUGAAGAGCGCAAGAAUAAGUUCGGCGCACGUAAUUUUAGUCAUAUCAGCGACACUAU